AUGUGGUUUUCAGAUCGAGUAAGGAAAGAAACGAACGAGACUGAAGAUUGGAGUCUCCGGCAGUGGCUGGCGAUUGUGGGGAGGGGUGGCGUCGAUCUCCGACGAGCCCUCCUUCACUGUUCCUUUUCCCGAUCCGGCAUCAAAACACACAUGGGAGGGAGGCAUAUGCAGUCGCCGAUCAAAGGGAGUGUCACAGAAGUCCCUUUGUAUAGAAGUGCUCUGUUCCACCGGCGACGAUCAAGGCAAAUCCAACCCUUCAAUUUUCUCUCUUCGAGUAGAGUUUUCGAUCGGAUCUGA